GGAAAUCACACUGCUUCGCAGGAGGAGCUUCUUAACUAGAAAAUUGAGCUGACUCAGCAUGAUUCGUGGAGGACUUCUGACCUCUUAUUUAUGAUCCGUGUUGGCGCACAGCUGUUAAGUCUCUGGGGAAGGAAACAGGAGGAAACGAUGUUGUUCGUUGCACUUUUAGCCAGUGUUUAUUUGGCGUCAGUCGUCGGUGAAACGGACCCCGCGGUGGACUCAACGUACGUUGCUGCUGUGUACGAGCACAAAAUAAUCCUGAACCCGAACCCACGCGUGCCCGUGUCCCGCCACGAUGCUCUGCAACACAUGCAGAAAAACCUGGAUAUUUACGAGGAGCAGGCAGCCCGGGCAGCCCAGCAGGGUGCUCAGAUCCUGGUGUUUCCAGAAGAUGGUAUUCAUGGAUUUAACUUCACUCGUUCAUCCAUCGCUGGCUACCUGGAAACAAUUCCCGACCCCCAGCAGGAGAGCUGGAACCCGUGCACGGAGCCGGGCAGAUAUAACAACACUGAGGUUCACAGUCAUACAUUUGGAUUUGGUUGUCCAGAGAUUGAGCUGUAUGGCUCGUCAUAAUAACCUCUACCUGGUGGCCAACAUGCCUGACCUGCAACCCUGUCCCCUGGACACCAGCACCUCCUCGUCCUGUCCUCCUGAUGGACGCUGGCAGUUCAACACAAACGUGGCUUUCAGGUCAGAUGGCCUUCUGGUGGCACGCUACCACAAACAAAAGCUUUUCUUUGAGGAGUCCUUUGACACACCUCCAGAACUUGAAGUCAUAACGUUUGAUACACCUUUUGCUGGAAAGUUUGGCCUCUUCAUCUGCUUUGACAUCCUGUUUCAUGAUCCUGCAGUGGUCCUGGUGGAGAGGGGUGUGCGUCAAUUGAUCUUUCCAACGGCUUGGAUGAACGCGCUCCCCCUGCUGGAUUCAGUUCAGUUUCACAGGGCGUUCAGUCUGGGUGCCAACGUCACCCUACUAGCUGCCAACAUUCGUAAUGACGAACGCAUCAUGAAAGGAAGCGGCAUCUACACCCCGUUUUCUGCCACCUACCAUCACGCCUGGAAAGGAGACCCAGAGGAGGGCAGGUUGCUGGUGGCCAGGGUGCCAGUUUUAGAGCCACUGGGAGUGAAACAUAAUACAGCCAAAGAGGAGGGGGCAGGUGGUGGUAAGUUCACAUCAUCAGUGGCUACAGAUUCUGGGUACUGCUACCAAGAAAGCUGUGAUGAUUCUUCUCUUGAUUCAGGCCCUUCCUCUUACCCCACCUUCGUCUCAUCCAUGAUGUCUGACCCAUUUACUUUUGUCCACUUGAACGAGACUGAGGGCGACGUUAAAGUGUGCAACGGUACUUUCUGCUGCCACCUGCAGUACAGGUGGUUACUGCAAGACCAUAAAGAGCUCUAUGCACUCGGUGCAUUUGCAGGACUGCACGUUGUUGAUGGACGCUAUGCGCUGCAGGUGUGUGCAAUAGUCCGUUGUGCAGAGUUGGAUCAGAGCUCAUGUGGGCAGGUGGUGGAAGAAGCAGAGUCUAAAAUGGACUUCCUGUUGGAGGGGAACUUUGACACCAAGUACGUGUACCCAUCCAUUCUGACAAGCCGAAUGAUCCUGGAGCAGCCAGAGAAUCUGGAGAAAGCUGCAGAUGGGAGAGUGACCAUGAAACAUUCAAACAUGAAAGCUGGCCUGGUCACCGCCUGCCUGUAUGGACGAAUGUACCACCUGGACAAUGAAUGAAUCAGGAAAAUAAAAUUCAGUGUUAUGGUUAAGAGCAGCUCUGUGUUCUGUCUUAUAAAAUAAAUCAAAACAAAUGUCUUUAUUCAUCUGUUACUUAAUCUUUAGAGUACAAACAUU